UUGAUAUGCCGCAGUAUUUGUACUGACUUUGCUGUCUUGUAGAAUGAUGGGGAACUAGAGCCCAUGACAGUUCAGUGCAGCCGUUGGCAGUUUUGAUAUCUUGGCAUCUUCAGUUAUCUAAAAGCAAGCCAGUCCCAGGAUAAGGACAGCAGCAGGUGAUAUAAUGCGGAAACCAGGCCCUCAAAAAGCCAUAGACUGGAAAGAUGGUAAAAAGCACAAGUACAGCCGCCCGUCAGAGUCUCCCUCCCAAUACCAAGGUCACUUCACCUGGGAAAAAUACCUGAAAGAGACAUGUGCCAUCCCAGCUCCUGCCCAUUGCUUCAAGCAGUCAUACACUCCACCUGCAAAUGAAUUCAAGAUCAGUAUGAAACUAGAAGCCCAGGACCCCAGGAACACCACCUCCACUUGCAUUGCCACAGUGGUGGGUCUGACAGGCGCACGCCUCCGCCUGCGCCUCGAUGGCAGUGAUAACAAGAAUGACUUCUGGCGGCUGGUGGACUCUGCUGAAAUCCAGCCCAUAGGAAACUGUGAGAAGAAUGGAGGGAUGCUGCAGCCUCCACUGGGCUUUCGCCUGAAUGCCUCCUCUUGGCCCAUGUUCCUUCUGAAGACUCUGAAUGGAGCAGAGAUGGCUCCUGUCCGGAUUUUUCACAAGGAACCACCAUCUCCAUCCCAAAACUUCUUCAAGACAGGUAUGAAGCUGGAGGCAGUGGACAGGAAGAACCCUCACUUCAUCUGCCCGGCCACCAUUGGGGAGGUGAGAGGUUCUGAGGUCCUCAUAACAUUUGAUGGCUGGAGAGGUGCCUUCGAUUACUGGUGCCGAUAUGAUUCCCGGGACAUCUUUCCCGUAGGCUGGUGCUCGCUGACUGGAGAUAAUCUGCAGCCCCCUGGAACAAAAGUUGUGAUUCCAAAGAGCCCUUUACCUGCCUCCGAAGUAAACUCGGAGAAACCUAGCAUGCACAGUAGCCCAAAGACUGUUUUGGGGCAUCAACAAGGGCAAAGGCGUCGCAAAACAGGGAAGAAGCGUGGUCGAACGACCAAAGCGCUAAUCCAUCACCCCAUGCCUACACCCUCCAAGUCAGUGGAGCCUUUGAAAUUCCCCAGAAAGAGAGGCCCCAAGCCUGGCAGUAAGAGGAAACCUAGGACAUUGCUGAACCCAGCACCCACCUCUCCAACAACCAGUACCCCAGAACCAGACACAAGCACUGUGCCUCAGGACGCUGCUACAAUCCCCAGCUCUGCCAUGCAGGCUCCCACAGUUUGCAUUUACUUGAACAAGAAUGGCAGCACUGGGCCCCACCUAGACAAGAAGAAAGUUCAGCAGCUGCCGGACCAUUUUGGACCAGCUCGAGCUUCUGUUGUUCUGCAGCAAGCAGUACAAGCCUGCAUUGAUUGCGCUUACCAUCAGAAAACAGUCUUCUCCUUCUUAAAACAAGGCCACGGGGGAGAGGUCAUCUCAGCUGUGUUUGAUCGGGAACAGCACACUCUGAACCUGCCAGCAGUAAACAGUAUCACCUACGUCCUCCGCUUCCUGGAGAAGCUCUGCCACAAUCUUCGCAGUGACAACCUCUUUGGGAACCAGCCUUUCACUCAGAACAGCCACAUGCAGCGCUCACACGAGUACGACCACGACAGGUAUCUACCAGACAGAAGCAGUUCGUUAGACGGCACUCUGCAGGGACCAGGCCGGGGUACAAAGCGAUAUUCCCAAGAUUCCCCUCCAUACAGUGCUCCUCUCUCCCCCAAGUUACCAAAGAAUGACCGUCACCCUUUGGAAGGUGAAACCUUUGUUCUGGGAGAUGGCCUCCCAGGACCCUUGGAGCCUCGCCUGGACCCCAUGGACUCUGCCUUGAACUCUGUCAAUUCAUCCAGCCACAGCAGGAGCUCCAGAGACUAUCGCCUGCAAGGAUACAGGCACCUGCACCAACCCUCUAGCCUCACCCAGGGCAGUACCUCUGCCUUGCGUAGGCUUAGCUCUGGGGGUUCAGACAGAUACCUUGGAUCUCGAGACGUCUCACGGUUGAGCAGCCGCGACCCCUCAUCCUGGACGGUGGAGGAGGUGAUGCAGUUCAUACGAGAAGCGGAUCCACAGCUGGGACCCCACGCUGACCUCUUUCGAAAACAUGAGAUUGACGGGAAGGCCCUGCUCUUGCUGCGGAGUGACAUGAUGAUGAAGUACAUGGGGCUGAAGCUGGGGCCAGCCCUGAAGCUCACUUACCACAUCGACAAGCUAAAGCAAGGCAAGUUCUGAGAGGACACUUGGCAGGAUGGAUCCUGGAAGCUCCGCUCCUGGCCAUCUAUACCCGCGCUCGCCUGCUGACAGGUACGCAUGCACACACACCCAUUUACGCCGCAGAUGGACACCUCGCCGACACCCCAGCCCUGCUGCAGGGGUCCAGCCGCCCACCUGCCCCUGCGCCAGCAGCCAGGCCCCAGCAGGUGCUUGGGAGGAGGCUGGCACAUGGCUGGCCCGGGGCUUCGCACCGGACUCGAGUCAUGGGCGUCCUGUUGGAAGGGGAGGGUCUCGCCCUGCUGCCCAGCCAGCGCUUCUCUGCGGUCCUGCUUCCCCGGGAUGGAGCAGCAGCUCUGGACAGAGCCUGUGGGGACUGGGCACUUGCACCAGCUCCUCUCCCUCUCACUAUGGCUCAUAUGCUCCCAGCCUUGCCUGCUCGGGGUGGCCCUCGUUUCCCGUCCUUUCAGAGGGCGGUAGGCCAGGGGGGCUGAACACUUUGCACUUCACCGGGUAGCCCGGCUGCGAGGGGGACAGCUCCCCUGACCUGUGCUCGGCCCCUGAAGCACUGCGGCGAGCUCAGAGCCGUGACUGUCCCCGUCUUCCAUGCCUGGGAGGAGCAGGGCUGCCCAUCCUGGGGUGACUGACCUCCCAAGCUCUGCCCGCCCCUCAGCUCCCGGCCUUCCUCCGGCUGGGGAUGCCAGGCUGGGCAUGGAGGCUUUCGUAUUUAUUUCUGACUGGGGAGUCCGUGUGGCAGCACACAGCGCUGCCUGGGAAUGUGGAGCGAGCUGAGGGAGAGCCGAGGAGUGUGGCUGAGUCUGGCAUGCCUGUGGCAAGGACAGGCCUGGUUUGGUGUUGAAGGCUGGCUGGAUGCUGCAGAACUCAACUGAUCCUUCUCUCUUUUUUUUUUUUGAAGGUUUUUUUUUUGAAGAAAAAAUAUUUUUUUUUAGUAAGGAAUUGUCUGCUAAAAUGACAAAAUGAUUUUUCUACCUGUUGUUGAACUUGCAACUCUUGGAGAUUUUUUACCCAGAGCUGCAAAGGUUUGUCUUCCCAGGGGCCCUCCCGGUCCUCUGGUGUUUUGGUCCGUCCCAGCUCAGCGUGUGCGAGAGGGUGUUGGGUCUGGCAAGUCAGAGGAUCCCAAGGUAGCAGCCUGUCCUUGCGUUUCUCUUCCUGUGAGGUCUUUGCCCUGCGUGGCGGCACCUGUUUGUUUCAGACAGUCUAAUGUAUUUAUUUUUGAUGGCACUUGAGUGGUAACCCGCUGUCCCAGACACGCUACUGCAGCUGCAAGAGGCAUCUUGGAGCAGAGGCCACCCAGGCAUGCCGCUGCAUCCCCUGGGGGCUGCCUUCAGGAACAGGGGCUGCCAGUCCCCUGGCGCAUCUCCUGGGACCAGCCAGGGAAGGGCUGAUGGGGAGAGGUGCAGUGGAGGCGAGGGGUGUCCCAGGCGUGUGCCCAUGCGUGCAGCUGCAGCACGCUCCCACGCACGCUUCUUUUCUGCAGUGACCAAAGGGCUGGGAUGGGGAUCUCCGCUGCAAGCACUUCUCUCUUCUCCUGCCUUUAGCUCACCCUCUCUGCAUCCAGAGCAAUGUCUCGCACCCUCGUCCCUGCCGCCCUCGAGAGCCCUGGCCAGCAGCAGAAGGGGCCCCCGUGGUGAACAACCCUCCAGUCUCUUGCACUGGAUCAGGUUUACCCCUAAGGGGAAAAGUUGAAAAAAAAAAAAUUACCCCAAAGUAAUAAAAAAGCUUUUUGUUGUACAGCAAAGUCUGUGCUGCAGUCCCUGCUGCUGCACCGGUGUGGUUGGAGGGACGUGGGGUGUCGGCCACUCGCAGGGCCCCGUUGCUCACGGCAUCAGCCCAGGACACCCCCUCGUUUUCACCUGACGCUGAUCCUGCUGGCCCGCUGCAGACAGGUCCCCAUGCGGGGGUCAGCCAGUGCUUUCCUCUGCACUUAUUUUACAUUGAUUUGUUUAUAAAUAAAAGGAUAACUAAGUU